AUGUUACAAGCGGUAUGUAACAUGGCUGCCACCGGCGCAGAUUUUUCAAGUUGCAAACAAAAAUUGACCAGUCCCGUACACUGACAUUACCGAUAAUUUCAGUGAACUCUUUUCGUUUUUAAGAAAACAUAUCAGCCGAAAAUGGAUGGACAAAAUUUUCCAUACAGCAGCGGAAUGACACCCCAACAGAGUCCAAUGGUGUCACCUGGCACACUACAGUCAUUUGGUUUAGGACCAACACCGACUCCUGUGAUGCCGCCUUCCAAUGCCAGUUUAUACCCACCUGCAACACCUGGAGGACCUAUGACACCAAUAUCCCCAGCGCCUGCAUCAGAGGGAUCAGGAAUCAUUCCUACUUUACAGAAUAUUGUUUGUACAGUGAAUCUUGGUUGUAAGUUAGAUCUGAAGAAGAUAGCUCUUCAUGCAAGGAAUGCCGAGUACAAUCCUAAACGUUUUGCUGCUGUGAUCAUGAGAAUCCGAGAACCAAGAACAACAGCACUGAUCUUCAGUUCCGGCAAGAUGGUGUGUACAGGUGCUAAAAGUGAAGACCAAGCCAAACUUGCUGCAAGAAAAUAUGCAAGAAUUGUACAGAAACUUGGAUUUACGGCCAAGUUCAAAGAUUUCAAGAUACAGAAUAUGGUUGGAAGCUGUGAUGUGAAGUUUCCUAUCCGAUUAGAAGGUCUUGUCCUUACACACGGCAAAUUCUCAAGGUUCUGUACUGCUUUCCUAUGUGUUUAGAAGGCUUGGCCUAACUCUUU